AUGAGCAUCUGGGAGGUGAUCCUGGCUUUUGUGAUGGUUGUGCUGAUGCUCGUGGCCCUGCUGGCCAACGUGCUGGUGCUGAUGUGCUUCUUGUACAGCGCUGACAUCCGCAAGCAGGUCCCAGGAUUGUUCAUCCUCAACCUCACCUUCUGCAACCUGUUGAUGACCGUCUCCAGCAUGCCCCUGACCUUGGCUGGGAUCAUUUACAAGAGGCAACCGGGAGGAGAUCAGAUCUGCCACGCUGUGGGCUUCCUGGAGACUUUCCUCACCACGAACUCCAUGCUGAGCAUGGCAGCAUUGAGCAUUGACAGGUGGAUUGCCGUGGUCUUCCCUCUAAGUUACCACUCCAAAAUGAGGUACAGAGAUGCUGCUCUCAUCCUGAGCUACACGUGGUUACACUCCGUGUCAUUCCCCAUAGUGGCAGCGUCUCUCUCCUGGGUGGGUUUCCAUCACCUCUAUGCCUCCUGCACCCUGUACAACAAGAGACCAGAGGAUAGGACACAGUUUGUGAUUUUCACUGGGGUCUUUCACACCCUCAGCUUCCUCCUCUCCCUUAUAGUCCUGUGUUUCACUUAUCUCAAAGUGCUGAAGGUGGCACGGUUCCACUGUAAGCGGAUUGACGUGAUCACUAUGCAGACCCUGGUACUGCUUGUGGACAUCCAUCCCAGUGUAAGAGAGCGUUGUCUAGAAGAGCAGAAGAGACGGAGGCAACGAGCAACAAAGAAAAUAAGUACCUUCAUUGGUACCUUUAUACUUUGUUUUGCACCUUAUGUUAUCACAAGACUUGUUGAAUUAUCCUCUACGAUCCCCAUCAACUCCCACUGGGGAAUUAUCUCCAAGUGCUUAGCUUACAGCAAAGUAGUUUCAGACCCUUUUGUUUACUCUUUGCUACGGAAUCAGUACAAGAAGACAUGGAAGGACAUCAUAAACAAGAUCCUCAAAAGGAGCUCCAUCAACUCCUCUGCCCUCACCAGCGAGUCGCACAAUCGAAAUAUAUUGCAGCUGAAUGAAUGA